AUAAAGUGUGACUGAGAGCAAGACGAGGGCGAGAGACACACAGGAACAGACAGCGAGAGAAAGGGGGAGCACCCUAUGCGCUCUCUUUCACGCGCUCCACACAUUUGGAUAUUACGCACAUGCACGCGCAGAACGUCUUCUUGUUAUCGGACUAACAAUCGGGACGAAGCGCCAUGGACUCCUGGAUAAAGUUCAUCUUCGUGGUCGCCACCUUCUGCUGUGGAACGCGAGCGGAGUUUGACGGCAGGUGGCCGCGGCAGAUGGCGUCGUCCAACGGGCUGUGCCGCUACGGCGCCAGGGUGGACUGCUGCUGGGGAUGGACGCGCCGAUCUUGGGGUCACUGCCAGCCUCCCUUCGUCUUAACUCACAGGCUAGUCGGGAUAAGGUGCCAGCCCCAAGCACUUUGCCCGUCGGGCUGCAAGCACGGAGAUUGCGUGGGGCCCAACAAGUGCAAAUGUCACGCAGGAUUCACGGGGAAGACCUGCAAUCAAGAAGAACAGCCGGACUAUUUGACUCCACCAAUGUGGUCCACUCACCUACCCAUAUUUCUACCUGUGGACCAUCAUCCGGUCACAGAGGAUCUGAACGAGUGCGGGCUGAAGCCACGGCCCUGCAAGCACAGGUGCAUGAACACCUACGGCAGCUACAAGUGCUACUGCCUCAACGGCUACAUGCUGAUGCCCGACGGCACCUGCGGAAACCUUCGCACUUGCGGCCUGGCCAACUGCCAGUACGGCUGCGAGGUUCUGAAAGGAGAGGUCCGAUGUCAGUGUCCGUCACCGGGGCUACAGCUGGCUCCGGAUGGCAGAACCUGCGUGGACAUGGAUGAGUGUGCAACGGGGAUGGCCGUGUGCCCCAGGUUCCGGAAGUGCAUCAACACCUUUGGCAGCUACAUCUGCAAAUGCCACGACGGCUUCGAUCUGCAAUACAUCAACGGGAAAUACCAGUGCAUCGACGUGGACGAGUGCGCUUUGCAGACGGGUCGCUGCGGCGGCUACGCCACCUGCUUCAACACGCCGGGUUCGUACAAGUGCAAGUGCAAAGACGGCUACAGGGGGAUGGGUCGCGACUGCAAACCUAUUCCCAAGGUGGCCAUAGACCCACCGAGGCCGGGCAAACUGCCUCCCAGCUUCCAUAACUACCUGCCCGACGUGGACCUGAGGAGGACCACCACCACGCCGCGUCCGCCGGUGACCCACAAGCGGGUGUUCACCGUCGCCCCCAAAACCACCACGAUCGCCGUCGCCACGGCUCCACCGAGGGUGAGGACCACGACCCGGAAGCCCUUGGUCCCCACCAGGAGGCCACCCGCACCCACUCGCGAGGCCUUGGUCCCCACAAAAGCGCCGACGCCCACCAGACGAGCCCCGGCGACGACCCCGCCGCCGCCUCCGCAGGUGACCACUGUGGAUAACAGCAUCCACAAGGACGUGACCAAGCAGCGAGGAGAUGUGCAUAUCCCGCGGGACCACAACAUCAACACGGUGCUGGACUUUGACAUCGAACUGGGCAACACGGCCGACGAAGCCAAGGACGACCCCGAUUCAGGCUUCCUGAGCUGCUCCUUCGACGACGGCCUCUGCGGAUGGAUCAGGGACAAGGACGGAGACGUGCACUGGGAGACAACGCCUGACCCGGCAGGUGGACGCUACCUUACCAUCCCCGAAGUGGGCAACAAGAGGACGGGGCGGGGGGCGAGGCUGGUCCUCCCGUUGGCCCCACCGUGGAACGAGGGCAACCUAUGCCUGUCAUUCCGCCACAAGCUGGCGGGUCACCACGUGGGCGUGCUGCAGGUGUUUGUGAAGAAAGGUGCCCGCUACGGCCCGGCGGUAUGGGGGAGGACGGGCGGCAACAACUGGAGACACACCCAAAUAACGCUGUGGGGGACGGGCCUGGAGAGCGUGGUGCUGAAGGGCGAGCGUGGACGAGGACGUAGCGGCGAGAUGGCUGUGGACGACAUCUCGCUAGCAAAAGGCUCCUGCACGGACGAUCGCGACCCGACGAGUCUCUGACGCGGCGGCUCGACGAUGGAACCAGGAAACGAAAACUAUUCAUCUCGAAGAGUCGUAACUCUUGGUCGGACACCUUUUCGCACUUGGCGCCCGCUGGCGUCCAAACCAAUGAACAGCAGCAGAGUGUGCCUCUGGAAAAGACUGAAGUCGACAUCAGCACCGUCUGACUUGGAGACCUGCACUUGUGUGGUUGCCAUGGUAACGUCUACAAUCCCGCCGCUGCCCGUGUCGUCGCUUUGCUCAUUGCUGUGGUCGGACCAGUGGUGGCCACUGGUGUUCAUUUCUUACUCAUCUGAUCUGAUCAAAAUCAAAACCACUGUAUGAGAACAAUUGAGAAACAAGUUGACUUUAAAAAUUGCACCCAACACACACACACACAUAAUUACCAAAUGUAGAAUUAAAUCUGUGACUUCAUUCUCACCAUCUUAUGGACAUUUUUCUCACUUGCUUUGUUCCUCUCCUAAACAGUGCAGCUAUUUUCAUACUCGAUUGUCACAGUAUUUCAAAACCCAAAGCGCUACCAGCUUUAUUUUGUUUAAAUCACAAUCUUUUUGUGUCUCUAUCCUGAGAUCAGUACACGGAUAUAUACGCUAUGCUCUACUGUACAAUUAUUGUCUAUCAAGUGCCGUUUGCUACAGAAAACUGAUGGCUUUUACAAAUUGUUACUGUAAAUGUAUAUAUAUACUCAAAUGCAACCGUUCAUUGUGUGCUUUAGACAUACUGUAAAUGCACUCCUGCUAAAUAAUCACACUUCAAUAAAAAAAAUGCUCGUGAUACUUUUUAAUUGAACACAGUGUGUACUGUACAUUGUUGAAGUACUUUCUCAAUUUUUCCCGAAGCUGUAAAGCACAUUUAUUGAUGACGAUGAAGGGCACUGGAUGUUUUUGUUUUUUUUCUAUAAACGUUGCAUCCUAUGCAUGUGUUAUCCAUAUUUGAAUUUAGCGCAGAGCCGGUUGUAAAUAAAUCAUGUUUGACUGACA